AUGUCACCGGAAUACCAGAGCUGGACGAAGGAGCAACUUAUUGCUCGUCUGAAUGAGCUGGAAUCAUAUCCGCAAGCCAGCGCCAGUACCAAAAAGACCACUUCUUCGACAAAGAUCACUACCGUCACCUCACCCCAAAAGAAAACAUUUGAUUUCACGUCUCAUCCUCGGAGGAAGAUUGCAGUCAAAUUUUGCUACUCCGGAUGGGAAUAUAAUGGACUCGCAUUCCAAAAUGGCCCAACACCGCUACCGACCGUGGAAGAGGUCCUCUUUAACGCAUUCGCGAAGACUAGACUUGUUGAUCCCGACAAAGGACUGGAUGGGUGUGGCUGGGAGAGAUGUGGGAGGACAGAUCGUGGAGUGAGUGCAGCAGGGCAAGUCGUGUCGCUAUGGGUCCGGAGUGCACUAGACGAAAACAGGCUAAAGGAUGCAGAGACACGAUCUGAGUUACGAUACGUCUCAAUCCUAAACCGCGUCCUUCCUCCAACAAUCCGCGUCCUCGCGUGGUCACCAAUCUCUUCCACAUUUUCUGCGAGAUUUAACUGUCAAUCUCGCCAUUACAAAUAUUUUUUCUCUCCGCAGGAACUUGACCUCGGCCUCAUGCAACAAGCCGCCGAUCGUCUUGUCGGUGAACACGAUUUCCGCAACUUGUGUAAACUCGACCCGGCAAAGCAGAUCACGAACUUUAAUAGACGCGUUUUACUAGCCAAAAUAAGCCCCAUAUCCGACCAUCUAUGCGUCUUUGAUUUAAGAGGAACCGCAUUUUUAUACCAUCAAGUCCGACACAUCAUGGCUAUUCUAUUUCUUGUGGGCACAGGACUCGAACACCCAUCCAUCGUAUCAACGUUGUUGAAUGUGGGUAAAGAAACAAACUCGCCCAGCGAACUGGACAACUCACCACUCGAGAUAGUCGAUCGUAAACCCGAAUACCAAAUGGCUGAUGGGCUACCGCUCAUGUUAUGGGACUGCGCAUACUCGGAUUCCGAUGUUCAGUGGCAGACAGACAUUGACACAGGCGAGAAUGCGCAUUUUUUGUCCGCUGCUGCUCAACUUCACUCCCAUCCUCCUCAGCGUUUUCCAUUCAGUCACACUGGAUUGGCCCUCUCUACUAUCCCGGUGCUUUUGAAGUCGAAGGAACGACCAGUACUAAGUGUACCUCUUGGAGGCGGCACGUUCAAACGCACUGCAAAGUAUAUCCCAGUGCUUCUUCGAAAGCGGUUGGAUCACGUAGAAGUGGCCAAUGAGCGAUGGCGAGUGGGUAAAGGCGAACGCAGAGAAGAACGGAAAAAUGUCGCCGAUGGAAUUCCGCAGACUGAAUAUGACGGCGACGAAUAGGACUACUCCCAAACAUUAUCAAUCUACAUCCAAGGUCAAGGCUUCGUUCCUUAUUUCUAAAGCAGAUAGCAUCUCAGGUUCAUCGGCGUCGAACAGAGUUCAUGUAAAGGAAGCAGCAUGUAUAUCGGUUUUUAUUUUAGGAAGUAUGUCUAGCAUGUCUGUACUCAAAUUUUACAAGUAUACAACGGUCAGGCGAGUGAAUCUGG